AUGUCGUGUGACUUCUACAAUAAUUCCGAUGUGACAUGCCGAAUGAAAGCACAAUUAGCCGCACAGAACUGGUUCACAUAUCAAAUCGAUAAAACGAAUAUGUACCAAGACUGUUACUAUCAACGCCAACUUCUCAGAGACAAAGUGGCUACACUUGGAUUAACGCACCCAAAUAACUAUGCAUCGUCAGAUCCUUGGAACGGUUAUCCCUGUCGGGCUAGCGAUUCUACAUCAGAUUAUUUGUACAAUGAUAAUGUACAAAAUGCCCUACACGCUAAAGUUCCAUUCAGGACGUGUUCGCAUUUUAAUCGUGAUACUUUGGCGACAGACUUAACGGACGAUUUGAAAAAUGUACUGAACAGUGACUACUACACCACUCGUAAUAUGUCUAUAUUGUUCUAUAAUGGCGAUCUAGACACCACUAACAAUUUCUUGAGUGCACAAAAUUUUGUUCGCAAUUUCGCUACUGCACAAGGAUUCAGUGCUACUAGAACGGACACAUGGCUUGCCAACUAUUAUCGUGGAAUCUAUAACGACACAGAUGGUGGUCUACGAACACUCUACACCGCAAAUUUGCAUGUCCUCUCAAUUCGGGGUGCCGGCCAAUCAGCGGCUCUCACGCGACCUGCGCAAACGUUGCAAGUCGUGCGCAAUUUUAUCCGUGGUCUAAGCUAUGAUAAUUGCCUAAGUGCUCUAAACCUGGGAGCUGCAUCUCUUCGGCCUGAGUACAGCCAACAGCUUAAUCCUAAUACUAAACGAAUGGAUGCCGAUAGGAUUGUGAAUCUACCGGGUCUGACAUUCGAAACAAAUUUCAGGCAAUAUUCUGGGUAUCUGCGAGGUUCAGAUAAACAUAUGCUGCAUUAUUGGCUUGUGGAAAGUCAGCACAAUGCUUCGACUGCGCCGCUCCUUUUAUGGCUAAAUGGUGGUCCUGGCAGCAGCUCCAUAUGGGGAAUGCUCACAGAAAACGGCCCAUUCCGCCCCAAUAAAGAUGGCAAAACUCUAUAUGAGAAUAUUUUUUCAUGGAAUAAGUUUGCAAAUAUAUUGUACUUGGAAGCUCCGCAUAAUGUCGGCUAUUCGUAUUCGACGCAGCCGAAUGAUAAUGCAUAUACCGAUGAUCAGACUGCCGAUGAAAACUACAACGCGCUGAAGGAUUUUUUCAGCAUCUAUCCUAUGUACGCACAAAAUCAAAAUCCUUUUUUCAUCACUGGUGAAUCAUAUGGCGGAGUUUACAUACCAACACUUACAAGAAGAGUUUUGCGUGGGAUAUACGAGAAAGAUUUGAUGAUCAAUUUUAAGGGUAUCGCAAUAGGAAACGGUGAGCUGACAACGAAACACCAAGUAAAUUCUGUAAUCUUCCAACUCUACACAUAUGGAUUAGUUGGUCAAACCGAAUACGAUAAUCUAACUGCAAGAUGUUGCCCUGGAGUUGUUGAUACCACGAAAUGCGAUUUCUACACUCCUUAUAUCUACUUCGAUUACCUGGGUAACUAUCUUCCAAAAGAUGGUGCCGACCAAUGGUGUGCUCAACAGAUCCUCAAAAUCGUCAAUGACCAAGUUUGGCAAUCGCUUAACGAUCCAUACAACAUCUACCAAGACUGCUACCAAACACCAUUGGACAACUCGUCCUCAGCCGAUAAUAUUGCUUCCACAAAUCCUUACAUCAAUCGCAUCUCGUCCGACUCCUUGAACGGGUUCCCAUGUUGGUGUGAUCAAGCCGCUACCGUAUACAUGAAUCAGCCAGAAGUGCGAAGAGCGCUUCACAUUCCGGAUACUGUAGGAAGUUGGCAAACGUUCAACAAUGAUCUCAACACCAAGUACUACAAUCGAAGUUAUUUCGAGUUAGAUGGCGAAUUAAAGUACAUACUUUCGAAUACUUUUUACAAAGAAUACAACAUGCGCACAUUAAUUUACAAUGGCGACACGGAUCAAGUUUGUAAUCAUUUGGGAGAUCAAUGGCUUAUUGAAGACGUUGCUGCGAAUCUGUCGUUAUCGGUUACCCAACAACGUCAACCGUGGUUCUACAAAACAUCACCACGAUAUCGAGCACAACUUGCUGGUUUUCAUAAGUCCUUCUCAAACAAUCUACAUCUCGUUACGGUGAAAGGAUCCGGUCAUUUGGUGCCUAUGGAUCGUCCUGGACCAGCGCUGCAAAUGAUUUACAAUUUUGUCAUGGCAACCGACCUCGGCAACAUCUCAAAGUAUUUACCAUUCUCCUUGGUCCCUGCCCCAUUGAAGCCCGAAUAUUCGGACCUGCAAACUUGCUCGUCGACAGCUUAUCCUGCACCGUCUCCGCUGCCCGUGAUAACUAUGCCGACACUGACUUCAAAGGCUGAAGACACUGCACGGGUAUCGAACAAAAUCCGGUUCAACACUGACACAUCCGGCUUAACGGAAAAGGCAAAGCAGGAUAUAAUUACAUCUUUACCUGGAGUUACUUUCAACGUCACCUUCCGGCAAUUUUCUGGAUAUCUGACUUCAAGUGCAUACCCCCAAAACCAUUUAUUCUACUGGUUCAUGGAGUCCCAGAACGAUCCUGUACGUGACCCAGUAGUUUUAUGGCUCAAUGGUGGUCCAGGCUGCAGCUCAUUGGGAGGUCUUCUCGAAGAACUUGGGCCCUUCCAUAAUAAUAAUGACAAUGGCUCAACUCUGUAUGAAAACGUUUUCUCAUGGAAUAAGGCAACUAAUGUGUUAUUUUUGGAAGCACCCGUUGGUGUUGGUUUCUCAUAUACUGAUGAUCCCAACUAUUACUGGUCAGAUGAUACGACUGCCGACAACAAUGCCGAAGUCGUAAAGUACUUUUUCGAUGAAGUGUUUCCCCAAUACAAGAAAAAUGAAUUUUUCGUCACGGGUGAGAGUUAUGCCGGAGUUUAUGCGCCUACUCUAGCACUUCGACUAGUGCAGUUGAUCGAUAAAGGGGAUUUCAACGGAAAUUUCAAGGGAAUGGCUAUUGGAAAUGGCAUUUUGAGCGAAUAUCUUCAGCAAAAUUCAGAAAUUCCGCUGCAGUAUGGCAGAGGUUUUAACGGGAUUGAUGAUUGGAACCUACUCACUCAGUACUGUACUCAUAAUCAAUCGAAUCCUAUUUACUUCGACUAUUCGAGCACCAAUAGAACUUCACAAUGCUCUUUUGCACAACAAAAAUAUGAAGAAGUUCAAGAAUACAGCGAUGAUCCCUACAAUAUCUAUCAAGACUGCUAUCAGGAAUCCGUUUCUAUGGAUAAGCUUACGAGAAAACAAUCAAAAAUUGCGGGAAGAAGAAGAAAAGCUGCUCUAAGGCGAAAAGCUGCCCUAGGGCUAAAGGCAGAAGCUGCACCCAUAUUUACGGACAACAAUGAAAAAUCUUGGUACGGUUCAACGGAUGCUUUCCACGGUUUUCCCUGCUUCAAUGACGACAAUAUGCAGACGUACCUGAAUCGCGAUGACGUCGUAACAAGCAUCCAUGCAAAACUCGUCCACAACCAGAUGUGGACCGAUUGCAGUGAUCUGGACUACAACGAGCAGAAGACCUACUACGAUAUGACGGAUACCAUACAAGAAAUUAUGUUCUCUAAGGCUUACACAGCCAAUGACAUGAGAUUGAUGUUCUAUAAUGGGGAUGUGGAUACAGUAUGCCAAUUUCUUGGGGAUCAAUGGUUUAUCGAGAACCUUGUACAAUUAAGGAACAUGUCAACAUUUAUGGAAAGACAACCAUGGACAUAUCAACAAGCGCCACAGUUUAUGCCAACAAUUGCUGGUUAUGUGAAAGCAUGGUCCGAAAAUGUCGUACAGCUGACAGUCAAGGGUUCCGGUCACUUUGUACCCAUGGAUCGACCCGCGCAAACACUUCAAAUGCUCGUCAAUUUCUUGAGGAAUAACUACAAUUACAGUACACCUAUUUUUGACGUUGACACAACUCCGCAGCCUACAAGUUCUACUCCAGUGUCACCUCCUAAUUGCACGCGCAAAGUGGGUUAUUGCAUCAAACAUGCCUUCGGCCAAUCACGAGCGAGUUUAUCAUUGCAGAAAACCGAUCGAAUCGUAUCGAUGCCUGGUUUAGAUUGGAGCUUGCCUUUCAAACAAUAUUCAGGAUUCUUUAAAGGAUCUGACACACAUAUGCUGCACUACUGGCUUGUGGAAUCAGAGCUUGUGGACCCAGCUACUGCACCGCUGCUUCUAUGGCUCAAUGGUGGACCAGGAUCAAGCUCCUUGGAAGGUUUAUUUUUCGAAAAUGGACCAUUCAGAAUUGGGAAAGACGGCAUAACCGUGACAAGUAACCCUUAUUCCUGGAAUAAGUUCGCUAAUGUACUGUAUUUGGAGUCGCCGGUAGGUGUUGGCUACUCGUACUCAACAGAUGGUGUAUUGCCACAAUAUUCAGACGAGUUGGUGAGUUCAAUAGUACCAGCCAAUCCCAUGCGAACUGCUACGGAAAACUAUGCAGCCUUGGUGGAUUUCUUCAGUCUCUAUCCGGAAUAUCGUGGUCGACCCUUUUAUACCACUGGUGAAUCCUACGCUGGGGUCUACAUCCCAACCCUUUCUGCUUUACUAAUACAAGGAAUCCAAAACGGAACGCUAGACAUAAAUUACAAGGGCUUAGCUGUAGGAAAUGGAGUGCUGAGUAAAGUACAUGACAUGAAUUCCUUGUUCCACCUUUCAUACUACCAUGGACAACUGACAUACGAGAACUACACAACAAUAAUAUCGCUUUGCUGUAAGAAUGUGACAGAUGAGUUGGACUGUCGCUUAGAUUCUAAUAUUACGUCGUGGAAUGGAAUGAUUUUGGGUGGUAAUCCACAUGACCCCUGUUAUAUUCAUAUGAUCCAUCAAGGAAUUGACAUCUUGUUGAAAGAAUUUGAUCCUUACAACCUUUACCAGCAAUGCUAUACACUGAAAUCUAGCAAUAUAACUACCUCCGUAGGAGAUACAUGGACUGGAAACAACUACGACUCAUCUGAUCCAUAUAUGGGCUACUACUGCUACAUGAAUGAUGCUCUUAGUAAUUAUUUGAACCUCAAUUCUGUGAAAAGUGCUCUAAACAUUCCAGCAGCGGCUUCGAAAUGGGUGGCUGACGGCGGUAUCAUUGCUGUCUACAACCAGACCAAUCCAUCUGCUGCGCCUUCAUUCGACUACAUUAUCAACAGCCCCUAUUAUAACGCUAGGAAUUUUACGAUAUUGCUCUACAGUGGAGAUGUUGAUACUAUGUGCAAUUGGAUGGGUGCAGAAUGGUUUACCACCGAAUAUUUUGCAAGCAAUCUUGGUUUACCUUUACCAGCACGAAAUCCGUGGAUAUACCAAACUGAUCCGAAUAACUACCCAACACUGGGUGGUUUUGCCAGGAAAUAUGCGAAAAAUAUUGAUGUACUGACCGUAAAAGGCUCCGGGCAUUUUGUACCAUUGGAUCGGCCAAUGCAAGCUCUUCAAAUGAUCUACAAUUGGAUCAAUAGAGCCGACUACAGUACCCCAUUCAACAUUACCCAACCAACAACCGCUCCUACCCCCACCACGAUAACCACGCCCAUCGCUACCCAAUCCACAGCAACUGCAGCCACAAAUUCUAGAACGCCAGCGAAUAUUCUCACUAGUGUGCAAAGUGCUCCUCCUAUAACUGAAUAUACAGUAACACCAACCACAGGUGGAAUAUCAAAUCUCAGCGUGUUACAGGGUUUGAUGUUAUUUGUUGUUUUACGGAUACUGAUCUAA